AUGCUUCAUCUUUCCCUCCUCCUCCUUCUUCCCAUCAUAGAGGCAUCUUCGGUAUGGGACCCGGCUCCCUGUCUUGAUAAGUGUCCGGAGCUCUCCGAGCCAGUGGCUCUAUUGGAGGCGUUGGUGUUCUCUCCACCAUUGACCGAAGCAGCCCUCUCGGGAGGCUCUAAGGCAGGGUAUGAGGCUCUUCGGGACGAUCAGCAGUACUCCUGUGUAGCGGAGAAGCUGUGUGGUACAUGCAGAGAGGUAGCGUGCGCGAAUUGA